AUGGCUGACAUCGAGAACGCCGAAGCGGGCCCAUCGGGUCCUCAACCACGCGAGACCAUCUACUGCGCAAUCUGCACCUUUCCACCCGAGUACUGCGAGUUCGGUCCCUCGCCAUCCAAAUGUCGCACCUGGCUGCAUGACAACCAGCCUGCGCUCUACGCCUCGCUCUGGUCGGACGAAGCCAUCUCGUCGAACCUCGCCAACCUCACCACAAAGCAGGCCGAGGAUCUGGAGCGCGAGGCGGCGAAGAAGGAGCGCAAGACGGUCGCCAAGGAGGAGCGAGCACGGGCUGAAAUGGCCGCGUCCAAGAUUGUACUCAAAAAGGAGGCGAGGACCAAGCGAAAGGUGACGACGAGCAUUACGGGGUUGCAUCUCUUCUCGCCGCCGUUGCCCGCAUUGAAGGUCGUCGCGAAAGCCCUCUCGUCAAGAUUUGCAACAGGCGCCUCGGUCAGCAAGAGCGUGCAGAAUCCGGGCGUGGACGAGAUCGUUGUCCAGGGAGACGUAGCCGACGACGUUAAGGGAAUGAUUUUGAGCAGAACGAAGCCAUUCCACGAGCUGCCGUCCGAAGCCGACGGCGGGCCGACCGAGAAAAGCAUCGCCAUCGAGGAGGACAAGAAGGUCGCCAAGAAGGCGGCGGCUGCCGGUGCUGCUGGUGCUCCUGCCGAGGACUAG